UUAACUUCCGGUUUGUUCAGUGUCGCAUCCGUACACAAACAUAUUUUGAUAUUUGUGGCUUGCUGGUUUGCUUGUCAUAAAGAUGGCUACAAACAAUUUGAACGUCAAUGACCAUCAUUUGGCGCAGGUGCACAACUACAUCCGUUUCACUCGCUACCAGCGGGGGCAGCGCAUGAGAGCUGUUGACUUCUGCUUUGAUGAACUCAUUUCAACCAGACUUGAUGAAACUACCUACACCAUCGAUGAAGUGAAGGACAUGUUAGACAACCUGCUACAGAGUGUACAAGGGGAGCUGGAGGGGGAGCUGAUUAACUCUGCCCACACAAACGUCCUCCUUCUCCGACAAAUGUUCAUGCAGGCGGAAAAAUGGCAUCUCAAACUCUCCGCUGACAUCUCAGAGCUGGAAAACAGAGAAAUACUAGACCGGAUAGCAGAGUUUGAAGAGCAGCAGUUUGCUGGGACAAAACGGGACAAUGAUUUCCACUCUGUGCUCAAGCACGUGAAACUGGGGCCCAUGAAUGAAUCUGGUGGAACAACCCUCCUCCAUAUGAAAAUUGAAGAGUUGGAAGCGGAAAAUGAGAAGCUGAAGAAGUCAGUUAUGGGAAUGGAAGCUGGUUCUGCAGCGUCCAUGAAGCAGAGACAAGAGCUGGAGGAAGAUCUGAAAAGAACACAGUCUCAGAUGAGGUCUGGGGGAACCGGAGGGGAAACCGAAGAAUUGAGACGUAAAAUGGCCGCCCUGCAGGUCGAGCUUGAUUCUAGCAAACCGGCCGGGUCUGGAAACGGUGCCAUGGAGAAUGACUUGGUUUCCACUAAACAUGAGCUGCUCAGAAUCCGAGAGAUGCUGGAAAUGGCGGAGAAGGAGCUUGAAAAGAAGGUGAGUCUAACGGCUCCAUUUAAGAACCUCAAACAGAUGUUGAUGAAGAAGAAUGAAACUAUGAAGGAUCUCCGGAAACGAUUACAAAAGUACGAGUCAGUAGACGAUGCCUAGAUGACAUGACUGCCGGCGUGUUCACAGUCUCCACAUGGAGUUAACGCAGUUUUUUCCAAAACCUCAACCAAGUCUUGACUCUCUUCCUUUGAGUGUAAAACCAUUGUGAUAUUACUAAUACAAAUUUAUACAAUUAAAUGAAUUCUUUUAGCAUAGUUUAUCUAGAAUCCUUUUGAUGAAUGUUUAACAACCUGAAUAAUUUUACUUCAAAGACUUAACAUGCUUAACGCAAGUCUUGGAUUGUGAUUAUGUUUGGUAACUAUGAGUGACGUAAUAUUCAGAAAUAUGUGCAUGUGACAUUGGGUCAGCUUUUGCUUCACACAUACACACAUACAUGCCAUAUCCCUCGGCAAGGGGAAAAAUCCCCCAGAAUUCCGACCUAUCCCCUGGUACCCCGCCGUGGGAUCCAUAUCCCCUGGAAUUAAAAAUAAAUAAAAAUUGCUUAAGGGUUGACAGUGGAAAGCAUCCAUAAUAUUAUGAGUGUGAAAUUCCAUGAAGGACCAUGAUGACUAAGUCCAAAAAAUAUUGUGAUUAGAGUGUAUUUCUGUAUUUAUUCUUAUAAUAUAAAUGUUAUAUUGUGCAAAAAUAUAAAUAUUGCGCUUAAAAAUCCCCUGGUGUAAUAUCAAAGUCCCGUGGAAUUCAGACCAAAAUCCCAUUGGAAGCCUCUCAGAAAUAUGGCAUGUAUGUACACAUGAAAGAUACUUGUAUUCUUUGAGGACCAAUUAAAACAAUUUACACUUGUGCAAUGCUAUAUUAUAUGUUUUAUAACAAAUGUAACAUUAUUAUCCCUCUAAUUUAUGAAAACUUCUUAAGAUUAAUAGAAACUUGAAUUACAAUUUUGGUAGUCUAAAACCCUAAUGAUUCAUAUGCGUGGUUAUUCAAUUAAGAAUUUAUUAAACAAGUUUACUGAAAUUUAUGAUAACUAGCCUUGUUGAAAAUCUUAUCACUGUAAGUAAACUACUUUAAUUAAAAAAAAUCAAUGACCAGGAUUGUGGUAUUCUUUUUAUAUCAAAAUGAUAAUUUUCUAUACAGUAUAUUCAUUUUCAUCAUAAUUCAUUUGUGAUGUCACAUCAAUAGUUAUUACACUAAUUAUACAUCAAAAAUAUAUGAUGAUGAUAUUAUUUGAUGAUGGUGCCCUCAAUUAUGAUAUGAACUCUUUUAAUUGUUGUUUAUUUUAUUUUUCAUUCCAAAAUAUAAUAUCAUUGUGACUGAAAAAAGCUUGGUAUUCAAUAUUGGUCUUCAUUUGGAACUCAAAACGAUGUAGCUAAUUGGAUGACAUGACAUACAUUACUGACCAUUACAGUGAAUGAAGUCAAUGAUCCAUGUCCAUAACUUAAGAUUGACUUAUGAAGCAUGUUGAAUACCACUUCAUGUCUUUAAAUAGGAUUUAAGUGAUGUUACUGUGUUAAAAAUAUUGUUUACAACUUAUUCCAUAAUUUUAAAAGUCUGAUAUUUUCUCAUCCAUAAAACUACGCUAUUUAGCACAUCCUUUUUAGUGUAAUUCAUCUGUUUAUGCCUUGUUAUGGAUUGAAUCAGGAAAGUUAUAAGAACUUCCAGCAAACUAUCAUCUCUUGUGCUGUUGUUAUUGAAUGUGAUAUUGUAAACUGCAUAAUAUAAGAAUUACAUUCCUUUGAUAAAAAACACAAGUUAGUAAAUUUAUUUAGUGGUUAUUUUUACCUGUUUUUGUUUAUUAAUUUGUUAUUUCUGACUAUAUCAACUUUUUUCAGUUGUUUGUGUGCAGAUGAAACAGUUAUACUAAUCGGUCUCCACUCAACACCAUGCUUUUUAUGCAAGGAUUUUAUAUCAAUAUCAUGUAUUUCUUUUUCGGCUUGUUGAGGUGAGGUAUUGUCAUAGCCUUGGUGUUGUUACUUGGUACACAUGUGCCUGUCAAUAGAUCAACAUAUUCAUAUGAAACUUGGUACUACUUAUGUGCCUGUCAAUAGAUCAACAUAUUCAUAUGAAACUUGGUACUACUUAUGUGCCUGUCAAUAGACCAACAUAUUCAUAUGAAACUUGGUACUACUUAUGUGCCUUUCAAUAGACCAAAAUAUUCAUACUAAACUUGGUACUACUUAUGUGCCUGUCAAUAGACCAACAUAUUCAUAUGAAACUUGGUGCACAUGUGCCUGUCAAUAGACCAACAUAUUCAUAUGAAACUUGGUACUACUUAUGUGCCUGUCAAUAGACCAACAUAUUCAUAUGAAACUUGGUACUACUUAUGUGCCUGUCAAUAGACCAACAUAUUCAUAUGAAACUUGGUACUACUUAUGUGCCUGUCAAUAGAUCAACAUAUUUAUAUGAAACUUGGUACUACUUAUGUGCCUGUCAAUAGACCAACAUAUUCAUAUGAAACUUGGUACUACUUAUGUGCCUGUCAAUAGACCAACAUAUUCAUAUGAAACUUGGUAUUACUUAUGUGCCUGUCAAUAGACCAACAUAUUCAUAUGAAACUUGGUACUACUUAUGUGCCUGUCAAUAGACCAACAUAUUCAUAUGAAACUUGGUACUACUUAUGUGCCUGUCAAUAGACCAACAUAUUCAUAUGAAACUUGGUACACAUGUUGCCAGAAACAUAACACACAUGCAUAGCAAGGCUUAUAACUCUGUCUUUACUGAUUGUUGAGUUAUGUCCUUUUUUAGCUGAAAACAAAAACAGAUGAGUUCUCUUGUUGUGUAAUUAUAUUUUUUCAACAAACGCUCUAUAAUAGACUUUGGUAUUGUCUUAGGUGCUUUAAAUGUUAGAUUAGUCAAUGAUUUCUUUAUGUCUCCACUAAACAAUCAUCAUACUGCCCUGUAAAUGAUAUCAUUUAAACAACUUACACAAUAAUAAUUGUUGAAAGGAGCAAAUAAAAAAUGCAAAAAGAAAUAACAAAAAACAACAUGUUGCAAAUAAAUUUAUUUAAAUGUUAUAUUAUUUGAUUUUAAAUGAUAACAUGAAAAUAUUAAUUGAUGAUAUAAUUGUUAUUGAUUUAACUUAUCUUGUCCUACUACAUGGAGGACCGUUUGACAUUCAACUAUUCUUGCUAUUUUCAAUGGUAAAUUAUCAUAUGUAUUGUAUAAUACUUGUUUUUAUCACGCUUAAUAUCAUUUCUUCUCACAAUCAAUUUCAAAAUCGCUCAAUUUUUGGGGUUAAUUUUUUAGGUAUAAGGGGGAUUUCUUUUAACUCCUUAUUUAGUGUGGUAUGGCACAUUUCCAUUUCUGUGCAAGUUGCUUAUUUUGUGUGGAAUGCUUAAAAAAUGAGUAUAACGGAAGAUCCUAUCUGAAUGUAUCUUGUUCGUAUUGAUCAGUGUAUGAAUUGUUUUUGACAUAUCACCACUAUAAACCGUCCAUUUAUUCAUAUGAUCUAUUUUUAGAUGUUCCAACAUGUCAUAUACCGCUGUCUAUUGUAUGUAAUAAAGUAGACAAACUCA